UGAGGGGAAGAAUGAGGAAGAAGUCCGCGGAGCUGCGCGCCUCGUCCGACUGAUGCGGGCUGGCUGAGGAAGCGCCGCUGGUUCAGGUCGCGCUCCAUGGAAACGCGGAGUCGGCAACAUCUGCAGACCCACAGCAACAGCAGCAGCAGCAGGAGGAGAUAAGAGCGCGAACCUGGACUCCGCUCCCCUGCGUGUGCGCGCCUCGGUCGCCGGCGGUAUAAGAGCUCCGUGCGCCUCCACCACCGUCCCCACUGCGACCGCCGCUACCAUCGCCACGACCUCCUCCGCUGCCUGAGCCGGACUCUCGCGGGACCCACAGGUUCAUCUGUCUUCUGAAGGAACUCCGAUCCAGCCUUCAACAUGGGUCACCACUCCUCCCCACUGUCGCUGGCCUUGAGGUUGGCAGCCGUCGGCGUGGUUCUCCUGCUCAGAGUCCAGCCGUCGCUGAGCGGGGCUCCUCCCGAGCCCAACCUGGGCAGCUCGGUAUCAGCGGCGUCCUCAAAUAAAACGGAGUGCAGCAAGCCGGAGGAGUGCCAGCCUGGAGUCAUCCUCCCCAUCUGGGAACCCUUGAACCCGUCUUUCGGCGAUAAGGUGGCCAGGGCCACCGUUUACUUUGUGGCCCUGGUCUACAUGUUUCUGGGCGUGUCCAUCAUCGCUGACCGCUUCAUGGCGUCGAUAGAAGUCAUUACUUCGCAGGAGAAAGAAAUCACCAUCAAGAAGCCCAACGGAGAAACCAGCACCACCACUGUCCGGAUUUGGAACGAGACGGUGUCCAACCUCACCCUGAUGGCUCUGGGUUCUUCGGCUCCCGAGAUCCUCCUGUCGGUCAUAGAAGUCAUCGGUCACGGGUUUGAAGCCGGCGCGCUGGGGCCCUCCACCAUCGUGGGCUCUGCGGCGUUCAACAUGUUUGUCAUCAUCGGCCUCUGCGUCUACGUGGUGCCCGAUGGUGAGACCCGCAAGGUCAAGCACCUGCGGGUCUUCUUCGUCACGGCCACCUGGAGCAUCUUUGCCUACAUCUGGCUCUACCUCAUCCUGUCCGUCAUCUCGCCUGGCGUGGUGCAGGUGUGGGAGGGCCUGCUCACCUUCUUCUUCUUCCCCAUCUGCGUGGUGUUUGCCUGGGUGGCGGACCGCCGCCUGCUCUUCUACAAGUACGUGUACAAGCGCUACAGGACGGGCAAGCAGCGGGGCAUGAUCAUCGAGACCGAGGGGGACCGGCCUCUCCCGUCCAAGGUGGACAUUGAGAUGGACGGGAAGAUGCUGAACUCUCACGGUGUGGACUUCCUGGACGGUACACUGGGCCUGGAUAUUGACGAGAAGGACCUGGACGAGGAGGAGACCAGGAGAGACAUGGCAAAGAUCCUGAAGGAGCUGAAGCAGAAGCAUCCAGACAAGGAGGUGGAGCAGCUGAUUGAGCUUGCCAAUUACCAGGUCCUGAGCCAGCAGCAGAAGAGCCGCGCUUUCUACCGCUGCCAGGCCACGCGGCUGAUGACUGGCGCCGGCAACAUCCUGAAGAAGCACGCGGCCGAUCAGGCGCGCAAAGCCGUCAGCAUGCACGAAGUCCGCUCCGACAUCGGAGACAGCGACCCCGUGUCCAAGAUCUUCUUCGAGCCUGCCUCCUAUCAGUGUCUGGAGAACUGCGGCACGGUGGCCGUGAAUGUGGCCAGGCGUGGCGGGGACUUGGCCAAGACGGUCUCUGUGGAGUACCGCACCGAAGAUGGCACUGCCAACGCCGGCUCCGACUACGAGUUCACUGAGGGCGUGAUUGUUUUCAAGCCUGGCGAGACCAUGAAGGAAAUUCGUGUCGGGAUCAUCGACGACGACAUCUUUGAGGAAGACGAGAACUUCCUCAUUCAUCUGUCCAACGUGAAGGUGCUGACGUCCGAAGGCGAGGAGGCGGAGGAAGAGGAGUCGGCCAAUCACGUGGACUGCGUGGCUUGCCUCGGCUUGCCGUCCACGGCGUCCGUCACCAUCUUCGACGAUGACCACGCCGGCAUCUUUUCCUUCGAGGAACCCGUUUGCCACGUGAGCGAGAGCGUCGGCACCAUGGAGGUGAAGGUGCUGAGAAUGUCAGGCGCUCGCGGCGUCGUCAUGCUGCCGUACAAGACGGUGGAAGGAACCGCGAGAGGCUGUGGCGAGGAUUUUGAAGACUCUCACGGCAUCUUGGAGUUCCAGAACGACGAGAUCUUGAAGACCAUAAGCCUUAGGAUCUUAGACCGGGAGGAGUACAAUAAGCAGUCCUCCUUCUACGUCCUUCUGGAGGCCCCUGAAUGGCGGCGCUGCGGGGUGGAGUGGACAGAGGAGAAGGAGAAGCCGGAGGACGACGAGAAGGAGGCUCUGACCGGGAACGAGGAGGAAAAGAGGCGCAUCGCCGAGAUGGGUCGGCCCAUGCUGGGGGAGCACAGCAAGCUGGAGGUCAUCAUCGAGGAGUCCUACGAGUUCAAGAACACCGUGGACAAGCUGAUCAAGAAGACCAACCUGGCUCUGCUGGUGGGGACCAACAGCUGGAGAGACCAGUUCAUCGAGGCCAUCACCGUCAGCGCAGGUGAGGAUGACGACGACGAAGAGUGCGGCGAAGAGAAGCUGCCGUCCUGUUUCGACUACGUCAUGCACUUCCUCACCGUCUUCUGGAAGGUCCUCUUCGCCUUCGUGCCGCCCACAGACUACUGGAACGGCUGGGCCUGCUUCGUGGUCUCCAUCUGCAUGAUCGGGCUGCUGACCGCUGUGAUUGGCGACCUGGCGUCUCAUUUCGGAUGCACCGUGGGGCUGAAGGACUCUGUCACCGCCGUGGUGUUUGUGGCGCUGGGGACGUCGGUGCCAGACACGUUCGCCAGCAAAGUAGCCGCCAUCCAGGAUCAGUACGCCGACGCCUCCAUCGGGAACGUGACGGGCUCCAACGCUGUCAACGUCUUCCUGGGCAUCGGGGUGGCCUGGUCCAUCGCCGCCAUCGUCAAACACACCAAAGGAGAGGAGUUCCAGGUGAACCCCGGCACGCUGGCCUUCUCCGUCACGCUCUUCACCAUCUUUGCCUUCAUCUGCGUGGCCGUGCUGAUGUACCGGCGGCGGCCCGACAUCGGCGGAGAGCUGGGCGGCCCCCGGACUGCCAAGACCCUGACCGCCAUGCUGUUCUUCAGCCUGUGGCUGCUCUACAUCCUCUUCUCUUCACUGGAGGCCUACUGCCACAUCCAGGGCUUCUGAAGACGUGGAGGGGGGAGGCGCACGUGCAGGACCAGGCUUGAUCUGUGGCUCCCUUUACACUGGAGACCAAGGACUGGAUGUACAGAUGGAGCGUCCGUGGAGGAGGGAGAGGACGGAUGCAUGGAAGUCAGCGGAAGAAUCAGUGCGACGCAGCUGGAACAGAAAGAAGGGAAGCAAUCAUUCACACUCACUAUCUUUCUUCUUGACUUCACCACCAAGUGACGGACAGCGCCCCCACGUUCAUCUCACACCCACACUGGCAGCAGAUACCAGGCGGCUCGCUAGGCGCCGCCGAGCGGCCGGAAUGUGCCGCCUGGGACCAAACACCGCCACAUCACCCUCACACUCGACGCCACAUGUUGGCGAGCGUGUGAGGGUUCCGCACUGUGAAGGAAAAAAAAGGCUUCAUUUGCUACCAAACUGUCUCCCAGAGCAGGAAGACGCCAUCUCGGGAUCCUAAUGUAAAUACAGGUACUUUGCUGCUGAAUGUUCUGGUUCCGCUUCUGAACUGUAGAUAACAAACGAAUGAAGGUCGGCUCCCAAUCAGGAGUUGUAUGACCUUGAACAGGGCCAUUUCUGGACCAGGUGGCUCUUCUCGUGAUGACUGUUAGAGGAACCUCUGUCGUAUCUUCUGUGGUUUUUGCUGCGCGUCGCCUCUCCUGCUAAUGCGGUCUUACUUUCCCUGGGUCACUGCCGGUCUGAAAGCCUGCGAUACACCUGGACCCAAACGGGCCACCACAACCGUGUUGGCUGGCUGGCUGGGUGGGUGGUGCCGCAGGUGGAACUUCAUCGAGGUUCUGAUGCCCUGUCGUCCUGGCCAAGCCACUGAGCGAGUCGGGACUUGACCGGUCACUGGAUGUCUCAAGCCUCCAUUUUCCUGCGCAGUUCUGGUUGUGGUUCUUCUGUACAAGCCAUAUAGACGUCGAACCAUUCGCCCAGUCAUCUGAGAGGACGCCCCAGCUGCAGAGGUCCCAGCACAGAUAACUUCUCCAAAAGAAGCGGCGCCACCUGCCUGACGGACAGCCCUGACCAAAAAUGAGGGGUGGACCAGAGCUGUCCGUCCAGACACACUGGUCCCAGUGAGACUAGACUAGAUGAAGUUGUUGUGGUUCAUCACCGACCAAACUCAAGCCAUGUAUCUCAGGCUUUCAAGGCCUCGCUCAACAGACCCAUCAUCCUCAAGGGCUUUCCUCAAAAACCGUAGGAUUCUAGGCGCCACCUGACCGUGGUUCCACUUCCUUUGGACCUUCAUGAAGCUUCAGGGCUCCACAGAGAGGAAGCUGGUGUCGUGGACCGCCAGAAUCCAGCAGACCACCAGUGGUGUCACAGGUAUCGCCACGGUUCGGCGACGACGACAAGCUAGUUCUCUGUGUUAGCCGAUAAGACUGGUGUCGUGGACCAGCCAUGAAGUGGCAGAAGAACAUGGGCACAGUUGGCGCCGCCGGUCGUCCAAGAUUCCGACUCAUCCCACACAGCCCGGCGACAUGUUGUCGGCCCGUCCAGGCCCGGAGGGAACCACGGAAGGGACUUGGUCGUGUGUUGCCUGGUCCGACUCGUGCGAUCCUUCCGAGAGUUCCGACUUUCUCUCGGGCUGUGGGCGCCCCCUGUUUUGGUGUCACUGGUUCCCUUCACUUAUCAAAGUCCAGAGAAGCCACUUUGCUUACAGAGAUUGGUCUAAUUAUAAAACUCAUUAGCGUAUUUUCUGGACUAUAAGUCGCCGUUGUUUCAAAGUUUUGCUGGUCCUGCGGCUGAUACGCCGGUGCGACUUGUCUGUAUUUAAGGAUCUAAUUUCACGAUCUUAGGUGUGAAUUCACAUGGCCAAGAGCAGACAUGGCAUUACGUGACCGGAUAAUUCUGUCUGAGGAGGAGGUGGUGCUCCACGCAGAGAUCUCACGUGAUCCAGCCUCACAACAACAGGCAAACACAACACAUAUAAUCGAUGUGAUCGCGGUGGUUUGCUGUCUUUAAUGGGAAUAAGAGGGAGAGAGAGAGAGAGUUCCUGCGUACAGCCCGCACAUCUGCCGGGACGCACCGGCUGCAGAUAUUUAUUUACUUCUCACGAUUGGAAACUGCUAUUUUCACACUCACCAGAGCAGGAAAUAUGAAAACCCGGCUGACUUCUUGGCUCCGCUCCGCUCCACGUCACAGACGUCGGCAGCAAUGAAUACAAGUGGCUUAGUGGGAGGAGCUUCGUGCUGUUACCACUUCCUGCUACAGAUUUUUGUAACAUACAUUUCCCGAAAAUGCGACUUAUAGUCCAAAAAAUACGGGCAUUUCAAUCACAAUUUACGGAUUCCCACCAACACAAGUGUGAGGCUGCCUUUGAUCGGCCUGUUCUGAGAGGGAGAGUAUGAGAGACUCAUGAGGCUCUGGGACCUGGACUUGUCCAUCAAGUGCAGUACCCAGCGCCUCCACCGCCCACUGAUCCUCGAGCCUCCGCCUCGGCUCACAUGCCCCUCCCCUUCCGCCCCCCUCGGCUGGCGUGAAAUCCUGGAUACGAAUCAGAGUUUAGAAGGACUCAAACGGUCAGUCACGAGAAGCCCAGACCCGGCAAGGCCACCGGCGCCGCGGGUCCCUGUUCUGAGACAGAAGCGACCUGAGGCCAAGCUUUGGAAGCCUGAUCUACGACUGUUAUCUCCCGCUCAGUGACAUCACUGCGUGGCUCCAAAUUGAUUCUUCUCCGCGGUGUUUUCUAACAUGUAAUAUAAUAAGUGGUGUUGCAGCCUUCAUGUAAUCCUUUUAGCCCCUGGCAGAGUCCGGCGCCGAGGCCACAGCCUUUGUUAUUCAUUAGACGAUGGGAUGGAGAUCCACUUUGCUGCGAUUGACAAAUGUGAUGGGGAGGCUCGAGGAGGAGCCACAGGAGUUCUCCGGCUCGGCGUCCCAGUCGGCCUCUCGGCGGCAGUUUACCCCUGUUUUUGCCAAAGGGAACUGUUUCUACCAUCUUCUCGGUCCCGUCCGGACUUUUCUAAAUGUCUUUCGUAAAACAACCAAAUAGGAAUUGAUAAACGCUGAAAAAAAAGGAUGUAAAAAUGAUCUUGAAAUUUGUAUGUCUCUUCACUGGCAUGGAGCUGAAGGUUGUACACUGUAAAAAGUUGUGAAGGGAAAACAAAAAAGAAGUGGAAGACUUUUCCAGUAGCUUCAACAGGGUACCAAUCUACGUUUGUACUGCUAAUGAUUGUUGGCUUUAGCGGAAAAGUGCACGCCUUGUUUGUGCCGUGGAUUUGAGACGCUUGUUGUUUGUUUGGUUCAUUUUCGCGGCCCGUCUGAACACUCGGUACCGUCUCGGAGGUUUGGGUGAGCGAGUUCUGGAGGAGCCUCCGUGGAGGUCCGACCGAGGCGCAGCAGGGUUCGGGUCGUCCCUCUGCUGGCGCACAUGUGGACCGCGUGCUAGCUCCGUUAGCCUCAGAUGGCAGCUGCUUCAAAACCGAACAGGAAAACAAGAGCUUUUCUUCAAAACUCCGUGCUUGGAUUUAGCUGGAUGGUUAGCCUAGCCGCCGCUGUACAUACGACCAGCUCUGUAACCGCUGGGUUUCCGCUGCGCUGGCUUUGACGAGGUCAGCAUUUUUUUUCUCUCGUGAUGAAGGAAGAGACUUGCACUGGUUCUUCUGUGACUCCGCCCGGCUUUUUCCUCACUGGGACGAAUGGACCGCCAUCUUCUCGCGGAUUCCUGAAGCUUUUUCUUUUCUUAGCGAAAAACAAAUGUGAAGUUACAGCCAUACGUUGAUCUCUGGGCCGGCGAGGUCCGGACGUCUCCUGCCCAGCAUGUGCGUCCCCCUGGUGUCCGUCUGUCCUUCUGUGUCGCUCUGCCUUCUUUCUUUUCCAGACCCCCCCCCACAGCCCCUCCCCGCCCUCUCUAUAACUUUGGGAAUGUCAAUGUGCUACUUGUCGACACUGUGCAUGAAUGAUAACGUGUGUGUAUAUAACUAUAGAGAAACCCGUUCCGCACCCGGUGUUUGAAGGAAAAAUCCAUGCUGUAUAGAUUUUGUUCAUCUUUUUAUUUUUGAACUAAUUUAAAGACUAGUUGAGGUUUUUGGGAGUCACUUGCACAUUUCCAUUGUCGUUGUUGAAAAGGCAAUAUCUGCUGUUAUUGAAUGUGAGACGAGAGCUCGACAGUAUCUAAAUAAAUGAUCUAUAUGGGAGUUGCAUGGGUUGUUUGUACGAAAAAGAGCUUGCUCCUCCCCCUGCUGUCCUCUGGGCGGGGCCGGGGGCGGGGCCAGCGUACAACUAAAGGUUCUUUCAUCAGUGAGGAGAACUAAUGUGUAUAUACUGUACAGUGUUAUCGGAGCGGUGGCCGUCACGCCAGAGACAUAUUUAUUUAUGGGAAAGACUCACUACUCUCAAGAAUGACAUAUAUUGCCUUUUUGGGGGAAGUUUGCUCGCAGCUGUGUUUGUGGAUCUGGGCCUUCUCAGAUCCCUCCUUCAUUCCUGCUGUGUUUUUUUCCACCAGGACCUCGGUGGGCUUUCCAGCGUGUCCUCAGAGGACCAUGAUUUGUGUUGUCUUUUUUCUCCAUGUCGGAGUGAUUCAUCACCUCGCUCGCUGCUCAUGCAUGGACGGCAGCGUGAAAGAAGUCAGUAUUCCUCACGAGGCUGGGCUUGACCCAGCAAAACCUGUCGCCCCCUGGGUGCGUAGCGUUUGCAGUCCAAGACCGACCAUUGAUGAUGAUGAUGAUGAUGAUGACUCUCAUCAUCAGCUUUGUACGGGGCGUCUGUGGGCGGGGCCUUGAGUCAGCUGCUGUCUGAGGCGUGAUGGAAACAGCUGACCCGGGAGGUGCAUGGGUAGACCCCCCUAGUGGUGGCCCUUUUUCCCUGCUUCAUUCGCUCGUGACACUCUCAUCACUUCCGUUCCAAUGUAUUUUGGUAUCUGACAGCUUUUAUUUGGCUCUUGAGAGAUUCGUUUCCCCUCACGCUGUGGCCCCUCCCCCUCCUCCUCAUGCCACGCAGAGCAGCUGUCAGGUGUCUCUCUGACCUGGAGUCUUAUUUUGUCAAUGCAAAGCAGCAGGGAUAUUUACUUUGAUAUUUCAAACUAGUCAAGUAAAGCACAUGCGCUACAGCCCGGCGAUGCUCUCUGAGCGCUGACCCAUCGCACUGUUCUGCCGGAAUCAGCUCAAUGAAGUCACGACGACGCGACAUAUUUCUGUCUCAACACACUUUAAACUCCAUUAUUUCAGUGCUUCAGUUGCAUGUUGCCAGUUCUAAAGUCAGAUUUUCCAACUGGUCACAUGACCUUCUGGUGAAGGGGGUCAUCUUUAGAUGGCUAAAAUCCAAACGAACCCAACAACAACAACAAGGUGUCCUGUUUCUUCAGGCUUGUUCUUCUGGAGCCCGACACUCGCGUAAACACUGUCAUCAUGAAGACGACACGUGAUCAAUGAGCUCGCUCGCUCGCUCACAAUGUUGCACACAGACACAGCGUGUACAAUCAGCCUCACAGAUAAGUAAAUAAACCGUGACUGUCGAAGGUCACGUCGGUCAGCAAUAACUAGACCAAAACCUCCUCCUGUUCCUUCAAGGCCAUAGGAAUGGAAAAGGCCUUUAAACACGCUCCAGCGCGAGCGCUAGAAGCUUCGCUCUGCUAACAGUCGCCGGCGUCGCACGUUGGCGAACCACAAGUUCAGGGUGGAGGCUUCAGAAAGGAGCCCGCCCCAGUGGCGUGAGAUUAAGGGCGCUGCUGUCGUGCAACGCCUUUUUCUAACCCCUGGAAGUGGGACUCCGCUCCAGGAAGCAAUAACGGGAACGUAGCCAUCAUUGCGGUCAAAGCCAGAGCAGGUGGUUCAGGUGGGAGGAGCUUCGAGAGUGUCGUCUUUCACUGAAGCAAUAACCUGAGCAAGCCAUGGUUUCACGCUCAAAGAUACAGACGAGUGACGUGUGCUGCUCACGUCCAUGUUCCAGCUCAGGUCUUGGACUGCAGACGAGUCAUGAAGAGUCUGAUGAAGAGGACGAGGUGGCACCCCUCUCCUCCUUCAUGCAGCUCCAGCCGUGUUCAGAAGUCACGGUACCAGAGAGGCUUUCUGCUGCCGUCCAUGCCCACGCUCUCAUUGUGACUCUCUUGAGUUCUGGCUCGCCUCCGUCGUGUGUGUGUAACUGUGUGUUUAAUCCUAAAUUAAUCUUUGUGUUUGCUGAUCACCACAUGGUAGGAGGAGCGUUGUUCUGUAUGACGUGUGUUGCCACUAACUGUGACUGCUCUCCAUGGUACUUCUAAAACCAAUAAAAUCAAGUUUGGGAUACCCUGUUUCAGAGAC